GAGAAAGCGGUGCUAGGACCCCCGGGCAGAGCCAGGGGAAGUUAGACAAGGGGGAAAUGCCUUACAUGGUCCCCCCCCCCCCCCGCGGUCACCAUCUGAGCCCGCCGCCCAAAAUAGCCCUUGGCAUGAGCUGGCCUGCUUCAUAGAGUGGAGAUGGCUGCUCCCUCCGAACAUGUAGGCUUAAGUGGCCCACGGAGCCCUGCGCGCCCUGAGCCCCCUCCCACCCGCUUCCACCAAGUGCACGGAGCCAACAUCCGCAUAGACCCGUCGGGGACCCGAGCCACACGCGUGGAGAGUUUCGCCCACGGUGUGUGCUUCAGUCGCGAGCCCCUGGCCCCCGGCCAGGUAUUUCUAGUGGAGAUAGAGGAAAAAGAGUUGGGCUGGUGCGGGCACCUACGUCUUGGUCUGACCGCUCUGGACCCGGCCAGUCUAACCACUGUACCCGAGUUUUCACUGCCUGACUUGGUUAGCCUUGGCCACAGCUGGGUCUUCGCUAUCACGCGCCACCACAACCGUGUGCCCCGGGAAGGUCAACCAGAAGCAGAGGCAGCGGUCCCCAGAGGUCCCCAAGCCCUACUGGCUGAACCUUAUCUACGCAUCGAGCAGUUCCGAAUUCCCCGGGACCGUCUGGUGGGCCGCAGCCGGCCAGGGCUUUAUAGCCACCUCUUAGAUCAACUCUAUGAGCAAAACGUGCUGCCUCCCACUGCGCGCCGUAGCCGCCUGGGUGUUCUCUUCUGCCCCCGUGAGGAUGGAACCGCCGACAUGCACAUCAUCAUCAACGGGGAGGACAUGGGCCCCAGCGCCCGGGGACUGCCAGCUGCUCAGCCCCUCUACGCUGUGGUAGAUGUGUUUGCCUCCACCAAGAGUGUGCGCCUGGUCCAGCUGGAGUAUGGCUUGCCGUCUCUGCAGACUCUGUGCCGACUAGUGAUCCAGAAGAAUGUGGUUCACAGGCUGGCCAUUGAUGGGCUCCACCUGCCCAAAGGACUAAAGGAUUUCUGCAAGUAUGAAUGAAGGCCUGUCUGUGGCCACCAGAGCAAAGCCGCAGUGGUGUACCCUGCCUCCGGAGCAGUGGCUAGUCUGAAGCUGGCCACACAGCUCACCAUCAGGACCAGAAAUAAACAGAGCUGAUGUGGA